GGGUGGAGAUGUUGGGAAAUAACAGUUAUUUCGUGGGGUUGACAAUGCCGACUGUAAACGAAGAACAUUACAAUUGCUUAUUGGAAUACAUUCGAAUGAUAUUGGAACACUAAUUUCUGAUCAAAACCUUCUAGUAAUAUAUUGCUAUAGGCAUAUUUUAGUUCACUCGCUACGACUCAACGCAAGGAUUCGUUUUUUUCGACCUGCUAUAGGAAAACAAGCAAGAUAGCAGGUCGAACAUCAUUUUUAAGUUUUAUUUUUACUUUCGUGUUGAAAAUAAUUAUCAAAGAUAAAACAAUGUCUUACUUAAUGCGCUCUAUACAAAGUUGAUGCGAGCGAGACCUGUCCUUACACUGUAUUUAUCAGAGGCCACCAAAUCAAUGCGGCAACAGUGAACUCAUCACAAUGGACAAAUUGAUGGAACAAGGUUAGAUCACUUCAGUAGCUAUACAUUAUAAAACCAGCAAGGCGACAGAACCGAAACACAUUUUGGGCAGGCGAGGGAUAUUGUUUUAAUUCGUGAGCGUUUUGUGGUCAACGCUGCGGUAUCUCAGAAGACUCGUGUACAUAACAAGAAGGGACAGCAAGUGAAAUGGUUGGCAACACAAUCCACUGGUUCAGGAAGGGCCUGCGGCUCCACGACAACCCCUCGCUGAAGGAGUCUAUCCGGGGAGCUGACACCCUUCGCUGUGUUUACAUCCUAGACCCCUGGUUUGCAGGGUCCUCCAACGUGGGCAUCAGCAGGUGGAGGUUCUUACUACAAUGUCUGGAGGACCUAGACGCCAGCCUCCGCAAGCUCAACUCCCGUCUGUUUGUCAUCCGGGGCCAGCCUACUGAUGUCUUCCCUAGGCUGUUCCAGGAAUGGCAGACCAGCCAGCUGUCUUAUGAGUACGACUCUGAGCCCUUUGGCAAGGAACGUGACGCCGCCAUCCAGAAGCUGGCCAGCGAGGCCGGGGUGGAGGUUACUGUCAAAGUCUCCCACACGCUCUACGACCUGGACAAGAUCAUCGAGCUAAACGGAGGCCAGUCCCCUCUCACCUACAAGCGUUUCCAGGCGCUCAUCAGUCACAUGGAUGCCGUGGAAUCGCCCGCUGAGACCAUCACUGCUGAGGUCAUGAGGAAGUGUGCCACGCCCAUCAGUGAUGACCAUGACGACAAGUUUGCCGUGCCCUCCCUGGAGGAGCUUGGCUUUGAGACGGAAGGCCUGGCUACAGCAGUAUGGCCGGGGGGAGAGACCGAGGCCCUCACUCGCCUGGAGAGGCACCUGGAGAGAAAGGCUUGGGUGGCCAACUUUGAGCGUCCCCGGAUGAACGCCAACUCCCUGCUAGCCAGCCCCACAGGCCUCAGCCCCUACCUCCGCUUCGGCUGCCUCUCCUGUCGCCUCUUUUACUUCAAACUCACUGACCUCUACAGGAAGGUGAAGAAAAACAGCUCUCCGCCCCUCUCGCUCUAUGGCCAGCUGUUGUGGCGCGAGUUCUUCUACACCACAGCCACCAACAACCCCCGCUUCGACAAAAUGGAGGGCAAUCCGGUGUGUGUGCAGAUCCCCUGGGACCGCAACCCAGAAGCGCUGGCCAAGUGGGCCGAGGGGAGGACAGGGUUCCCCUGGAUUGACGCCAUCAUGACCCAGCUGAGGCAGGAGGGCUGGAUCCACCACCUGGCCAGACACGCCGUGGCCUGCUUCCUGACCCGGGGAGACCUGUGGAUCAGCUGGGAGGAGGGCAUGAAGGUAUUUGAGGAGCUGCUCCUGGAUGCAGACUGGAGUGUGAACGCAGGCAGCUGGAUGUGGCUCUCGUGCAGCUCCUUCUUCCAGCAGUUUUUCCACUGCUACUGCCCUGUGGGCUUCGGCAGGAGGACAGACCCAAACGGAGACUACAUACGGCGCUAUCUGCCCAUACUGAAGGCCUUCCCGGCCAAGUACAUCUUUGACCCCUGGAACGCGCCCGAGAGCGUGCAGAAGGCAGCCAAGUGCGUGAUCGGCAUGCAUUACCCCAAGCCCAUGGUGCACCACACCGAGGCCAGCCGCCUCAACAUCCAGAGGAUGACGCAGAUCUACCAACAGCUCUCCUGCUACCGCGGUCUGGGGCUGCUCGCGACUGUGCCUGCUAAUCCUAACAAUGGUGGAAAUGGUGUGGGGACCUCCCCUGAAGAAAUCCAGCAUGAGGCAGUCGCUCAAGCAGGCAGAGGACAGGCUGCUGUGAAGCGUAGCAAUGAGGACCUCACACCGGGGGUAGCAACAAUGCCCAGAGGCAGACCAGCAUCUAGUCCCUGAUAUGGAAGGGUAGAGGACAGGGGGUGCCAGCUAACCUGUUGACCUCCAGUAGGCUCCACCAGCACCUGAAGCACUGCAUCCUCCUCCCCUGACUCUUCAACUGUACAGGAGCACAUCUACCUCAGUGGUGUGAGCAGCAGUAGGAAGAGAUGGAGCAGAGGAACGGAGGCUGCUAACAUCCCACAUUGAACUAUGGGGAACAUCAAAUCACAUGAUGCCCAGAGAACUGAUCGCAGCAUCGCGGUCUGUGACAUUCAACCUCUGUGGAGAAUCGCAAACACAUAGUCGCACUGUUCCCAGUGUUACUAGAUAGAGGUGAUGGUGUCAGGACAGAAGCCCUUUCACGACAUGACUCCCAAAACUCUAUAAUAUGCACACCAUCAAACUGUCUUCUUUGUGGUGCUGGGAAUACAAGCCUCAGUUCCAUUUAUAAUAAAUGACACACACGUUUGUCCUCUUUCCCCAAAAUGUCUAUGGAAAAAUGUGGUCCCUUUGGGGAUACAUGUAUCGAAGAUGGAGGCACACGUUAUUUGCUGAAAGAACACUGGGUGUUGACUGUUUGAGCCUGAGGGCAUGUUAUGUGCAGUCCUAGACAUGGAGAAUGGCAUCAGCCUCAAGCUGAUGACCCAACUUGGAAUCGUCAGGUUAAAUGGUCAGGAAACACUUAUCAUUCUAUGGGGUAUAGUGCUGUCAGAAGUUCAGAAAUAUGAGGUUCCAAUAACCAUUUUUAAGGCAGCAUAACCUCUAAAAUCGUUGUAAGGGAAUGAUGUAAACGUUUCUGUAUAAGCGUGUGAGUAAUUCAACUCAAAAUGUAUACAGUAAAAAGGGUAUAUUGCAUGUUUUCUUUUUUUCUGGUGAAGUUGUAAACCAAUUGUUAUUUUUGUAUAAAGACUGACUGUUCUGUAUAGUGCUGUAAUAAAAGGUGCAAAAUGUAA